CUGCGCACUGCGUGCAGUGAUGGAGCGCUGACCGGGGGCGCGGCGGCGGCGAGGGCUCCGCGGGCCAUUGGCUCCCGGCAGCGGCAAAGGCAGCUUGGGGGCUCAAGGAGCGAGCGGGGCCCGCGGGCCGGGCCGGGGUGACCUGGGUUGCAGCCAUGGAAGACCAGAGGGAAGCGCUGCGGAAGAUCAUCACAACCCUGGCUGUGAAGAAUGAGGAGAUCCAGAGCUUCAUCUACUCCCUCAAGCAAAUGCUGCUCAACGUGGAGGCGAACUCGGCCAAGGUGCAGGAGGACCUUGAGGCGGAGUUCCAGUCCCUCCUCUCUGUCCUGGAGGAGCUCAAGGAGGGCAUGCUCAUGAAGAUAAAGCAGGACCGGGCCAGCCGAACCUACGAGCUGCAGAACCAGCUGGCCGCCUGCAUGCGGGCCCUGGAGAGCUCGGAGGAACUUCUGGAGACUGCCAACCAGACCCUGCAGGCCACCGACAGUGACGACUUUCCUCAGGCUGCCAAACAAAUCAAAGAUGGUGUGACUAUGGCCCCUGCCUUCCGGCUGUCACUGAAAGCCAAGGUCAGCGACAACAUGAGUCACCUCAUGGUGGACUUUGCACAGGAGCGGCAGAUGCUACAGGCCCUCAAGUUCCUGCCUGUGCCCAGCGCUCCUGUGAUCGACUUGGCCGAGUCCCUGGUGGCAGAUAACUGUGUGACCCUGGUGUGGCGCAUGCCAGAUGAGGACAGCAAGAUUGACCACUAUGUGCUGGAGUACCGAAGGACGAACUUCGAGGGCCCGCCGCGCCUCAAGGAGGACCAGCCUUGGAUGGUGAUUGAGGGCAUCCGGCACACAGAGUACACCUUGACAGGCCUCAAGUUUGACAUGAAAUACAUGAACUUCCGCGUGAAAGCCUGCAAUAAGGCAGUUGCAGGAGAAUUUUCUGAGCCGGUGACCCUGGAGACACCAGCCUUCAUGUUCCGCCUGGAUGCGUCCACAUCCCACCAGAACCUGCGGGUGGAGGACCUGGCCGUGGAGUGGGACGCCAUGGGCGGGAAGGUGCAGGACAUCAAGGCGCGCGAGAAGGAGGGCAAGGGCCGGACGGCGUCUCCUGUCCACUCGCCCGCCAGAGGUGUUCCGUCUCCCAAGAGGAUGUCCUCGGGGCGAGGCGGGAGGGACCGCUUCACGGCUGAAUCCUACACGGUGCUGGGCGACACGCUGAUCGAUGGCGGGGAACAGUACUGGGAAGUGCGCUACGAACCGGACAGCAAGGCCUUUGGCCUUGGAGUGGCCUACCGCAGCCUGGGCCGCUUUGAGCAGCUGGGCAAGACCCCUGCGUCCUGGUGCCUGCACGUCAACAACUGGCUGCAGGCCUCCUGUCCUUCUACAAUGCCCGCACCAAGCAGCUGCUGCACACCUUCAAGGCCAAGUUCACACAGCCGCUGCUGCCUGCCUUCACAGUGUGGUGUGGCAGCUUCCAGGUGACCACAGGCCUCCAGGUCCCCAGUUCCGUGCGCUGUCUGCAGAAGCGGGGCAGUGCCACCAGCAGCUCCAACACCAGCCUCACCUAGGCCCCCGGCCACCCAGCGGCAGGGUGUCUGUGGGCCGCCUGGCCCGGCCCUUUCAGCUGGGUGCCUUUCUCUCGGUUGCUGCUUGGAGCCUUAACUCCUGAGGGGUGCACCGCCAGGGCGUGGCCCAGGUGGCCCCUCCCACCUCACUUCCUAAUAAAGGUCCAACACUGCGCAGGC